AUGUUUAUGGCAAAUAAAUAUGUAUAUAGAUAUAUGUGUAUGUGUAUGAGAAAAAUAUGCGCGGUACAAAAAUUUAUAGAAAAAUGUCUAACCAAAUCCUAACGAGAGCUCUCGACGGUCAUGGGCGCAAUAGAAAUAUAAGAAUACAUAUAAAACACUGCGCGCUACUGCAAUUGGCAAUCUUCAUACAAUAUAAAAACUUCAAUGGGCGGCGUGUGGGACCCUGCAGGCGCAGCCCAUACAAACGACACGACGUAAGGCGCGCGGGAUCUCUGCCUGAUGUCGCUGCUCAACCGCGAACAAUAGGCACGGCGCGUGGCCAAGGAACGGACUCACCGGCUUGUCUAUCCUCCGCUGCUGAUGGCGCAGACGGACGUGUCUGCUGUUGCGUUGUGGUGGCGCCGCUAUUGCUGCUGCUACUUCUUGGGUGGGCGCCUUUGCUCCGGCUGCCACUGUCGUUGCUGCUGCUGUCGUUGAAAACGCUGGUGCUGGAUCUGCUGCUGUCGUUGAAGACGCUGGUGCUGGAUCUGCUGCUGUCGUUGAAGACGCUGGUGCUGGAUCUGCUGCUGUCGCUGUUGCUCCUGCUACGAUGCAGCUCGUGCUGCUACUUAUGACGGCCGCUGCAGCUGCUG